CUCUAGACUUUUCCAUUAGCUAGCUGUUUUGAAGAGUUCUCAUCAACAGAAUCAUCGUCUCCUUUCAAGACCAUGAAACCCUUUAUCCUAUCCCUAGUAGUCAACCUCCUCUCUCUCCUACUCCUCCUAAGUUUUGUAUCCACCUACCAAACUCCAUGGCCUUUAUCUCUCCUCCUCCUAUUCAUCUCUUCCUUCUCUCUCGUCCCUUUCUUCCUAAACCUAUGGUUAGUUCCAGGAGGCUUUGCAUGGAGAAACUAUCAUUUCAACUCUCCAAAAUUUGCUGGUCCUAUAGGUUGGCCAUUGUUGGGCACCUUACCUCACAUGGGUUCACUCGCUCAUCGAAAAUUGGCCACUAUGGCAUCCUCACUCAGUGCAACUCGUCUCAUGGCACUUAGUCUAGGUGCAACUCGUGUGAUCAUCACUUCUCACCCAGACACUGCUAAGGAAAUCCUGUCAGGGUCCUCAUUUUCGGACCGUCCCGUGAAAGAAUCGGCUCGUUUACUGAUGUUCGAGCGAGCCAUAGGGUUCGCGCCCUCCGGGGACUACUGGCGCCAUCUCCGGAGGAUUGCCGCCAACUACAUGUUCUCUCCAAGGAGAAUUUCUAGUCUAGAGGGGCUUCGGCAGCAUGUCGCGGAUGAGAUGGUGGUUGGAGUGUGGAGGGAGAUGGAGGAGAGAGGGGUUGUGGAGGUGAGAGGCAUAUUGCAAAAUGGUUCAUUGAGGAAUAUUGUAGAGAGUGUGUUUGGGAGUAGUUUAGGGCAAGAAGGGGAGGAAUUAGGGUUAAUGGUUAAAGAAGGGUAUGAGUUGAUUGCAAAAUUCAACUUGGCGGAUUACUUUUCUUUAGGGUUUUUGGACUUUCAUGGGGUAAAAAGAAGGUGUCUUAAGUUAGCAACUAAGGUCAAUGGUCUUGUAGGUCACAUAAUAAAAAAAAGAAAAGAAGAUGGAGAGUUUAGUGAAAGGAAUGAUUUUCUUAGUGUUUUGCUAUCUUUACCUAAAGAGGAUCAGCUCAGUCAUGUGGACAUGGUAGCUAUUUUGUGGGAGAUGAUAUUUAGAGGGACAGACACAGUUGCUAUUCUUCUCGAAUGGAUCAUGGCUAGAAUGGUCUUACACCAAGACAUUCAAGCAAGAGCCCAGCAAGAGAUCGACAAGUGCGUUGGUAACUGCAGGCACGUGCAAGAUUCAGACAUUCCAAACCUCCCUUACCUUCAAGCCAUAGUCAAAGAGGUUCUCAGAUUGCACCCUCCGGGACCAUUACUCUCGUGGGCCCGCCUAGCGGUCCAUGAUGUCCACGUGGACAAAUUCUUCGUCCCAGCUGGCACAACUGCAAUGGUGAACAUGUGGGCCAUAACCCAUGACCCGUCCAUUUGGAAAGACCCGUGGAUCUUCAGACCGGAACGGUUCCUGGAGGAGGACAUGUCGAUCAUGGGCUCGGAUUUAAGGCUUGCGCCAUUUGGGUCGGGUCGUAGGGUUUGCCCGGGAAAGGCGCUAGGGUUGGCCACGGUCCAGUUAUGGCUCGCACGGCUUCUACAACAGUUCAAAUGGCUUCCGUCCCAACCAGUGGAUCUUUCGGAGUCUCUGAGGCUCUCUCUCGAAAUGAAGAAACCCUUGGCUUGUCGUGCCGUUCGGCAUUGCUCUUUGAACACAUGAAACUAAUAUUUAGUUUCUCUAUCAAGCAGAAUUGUAAGUUACUAAAUGUUUUACUUAGCUAUAUGUAUAUAAAAUAAAAUAAAGAAUAAAUAAAGAAUAAAGAAAAGAAAGAAGUUACUAAGCAUUUGAUCUCUAGUGGCAAAAUGGUGCCUUGAAAGUGUUGUUAGGUUUAUGCUAUCCCACAACACUCAGCUUGAAUAUAUUUGUAACAGUUCAUGGAAAUUGUAAAUACAGUAGUUUAUUUUCCAA